UGCCAAUGAUAUCGUGAAAUUGAAAGAGGAGAUCAAGCUUUUGGAGUCCAAAACUAGCCACAAAUCAAGGAAACAGAAGGAGAAUCUCCUAAAGGAGUUGAAAGCUCUGAAGGAUUUGUUGGAGCAAUUCAAAAAGAGUCUCGAAAAAUGACCUGAAUGAAAUGUAUCCACAAACGUUUUGGCGCGCUCCGUAAGGAUACAAUGCUGAAGGUGGUCGAGAAGCUUUUCCAACUGUUGCGACCCAGGAUGUGUCAGUUUUCACAAUCCAACAAGAACAUAUCCAAGCAUUUGUUCAAGAAAGCCAGGGCGGAGGAGAACAUACAUUUCCUUAAGCUGCAACGGGAACAACUGAAGUCGCUGCGAGAAAAGAUUCUCAGCCAGAAGAACGAAGUCACAACGAAGAUCAUCAAGGUGGACAAGCAGAUACAAUCGUUGGAAAAAUCAAACACCGAAGGCUCACAGAUGAACCAUAAACAAAAUUAAUAAAGUGUAGCAGAAGCAUUUGUUUUGUUUUGUAUUUUAUUUAAAAUAAUUUGUAUCUCUCAUUUACACGCUCUACAAAGAAGCCUUCUACGACAACUGAAGCCGAGUUCGCGGCCUUCUUCAAGCCUGCUUAUACGUAGGGUACAUACAUAUAUAUCAUAUAUGGUAACAAUUUGUUUUGCAGCGCAAACGGAAAAUAUGAAUUAAAAAGAACUUUCAUGUAAUAUGGCAUUGAAACAAACAUAUAUAGGGUCGUAUAUAUAUCAACAUAGUCUAUACAAAGAUACAAA